AUGCUCACCGCGAGAUUGGAAAAGCGCGUCCGCGACCUCGUCUCGAAGAAAGAGGAGGAGAGGAAGACGAAGAGGAAGAAGAACCAGCGAAACCGUUUCCUUCCCUCGGCGCGCGCGAUUAAGAAACUCUGCGCGGACAUCGAGUCUCGAGGAUUUACGCGAGCGGACGUGAAACGAUGCGUUUUGGACGCACUUCUCGAAGACGAUGAAGAUGAUGAAAAAGAGUGGAAGAAUAACGAGUGGGUGGAGAAAUGCUUCGACCGAUUACUGAUGCAGGUGGAGAGGCAACGACUGCCGAGAGCGUUUCGAGGCGGCGCCGUCGCUUCUACAAAUACUACGACGGAAGGCGAAGACUUGGAAAAGGUGCUCGUGGUGACAGUUGAGAAACCAAAAGUACGGACGACGACGACAUCGAUAUGCGAAAGAAAUGAAGAUGAUAAAGAACUCGAAGAACGAAGGAUAAAGGUGAUCAAAGAGCGCGAGGAAAUGGUUCGCGUGGCGAACGAGCGACGACGAGAAAAACUGGAAGAGCGGGAGAAAGCGGAGGCGAAGGCGUUUCGCGAGGCGCAGAUGAGGAUGGUUCGAGCGACGGAGGCAGCGGCGGCGGCGUCUGGGUCGUCGGAAGAGGAAGGGUCAUCCUCGGAUUCGGAGGAUUCUCUCGAGAAUUUCGGGUUGAGCGAGGAAGAAAUCGCGCGGAGGAAGAGUCACAAGAGGAACGCGAAAAUGUUCGCGGAAAACAGAGUCGGGUUUGUGAGCGAACUGCGAAAAAAAUUGAAAGAAGCCAAACAGACGGCGCAAGAGGAGAAGAGGAAAGCUGGAAAGAAGAUGGAUAAAAAGAGAGCGAAGGAGUUAGCGGAGGGGGUGAGGAAGAUUUUGAAUAUCGCGGAGACGUUUAAGAUUGGCGAGAAAGAAUUGGAGGAGGAAGAAAGGGCGUGCGCAGAAAAGCAGGAGGUUGAAGUAGAAGUAGAAGUAGAAGAAAAACUGGAUAGACUAGAAACAAAGAAUGAAGUAGUAGAAAAGACAGUGGAAGCGAAAGAGAUAAAACGCGAUGCCAACAGCGACGACGACGACGACGACGACGACGAUGAUUUCCAAAUUCUUGACGUUUUCGGUGACGACGAGCCUGAAGCGUUGAAGCUAACGCCGGAAGACGAAGCGAAAGCGAAGCGCAAAAAUAUCGAAGCUUCGGUAGUUGUUGGACCAGUCUUACACGUCGAAGGCACCGUUGGUGCCGCCAUCGAAGCGACGAAAUAUUCCAAGAAAAAAGUUGGGGGCGGAGGAGUGGCUGAAAGUGCAUCGGCUGCGCUGGUCGCGCCUAAAGCGCUUCUUGCCAAGAUGUGUGAAAAAGAGAAAUGGUUGACGCCUCGCUACGAUCGAUUAAAAACCGACGAUAAAAAAACAAUUCGAUACAGCGCGACAAUCGAGCGAUCUUCCGGGCCAAAAUAUCUUCGAAAACCGACGAUACUAGUGCAGACAAUCUCUUUUGAAGAGAAAGCUGGUAACGAGCCGGACGGUGGUUGGAAGAGCGUGACGGAAGCGCAGGACGCCGCCGCGUGUGUCGCGCUUUUCCGUAUCUUGUUUGUCGAAAGGGAGAUGAAAUUCGUCGUACCGAGCGAGUUAAAUCAUCAAUGGCGAGAUUACUAUCGGCAAUCCUUGUUACUUCGCGAGUUGUUCUCUGGAAUCGAUGGAGGCGAAGCGUGCGAGAGUAGUGAUGACAAAACACGAAAUGAGGGAGGAGAUGAAGAAGAUUGGGAAACGUUUGCGGUGCGGGUUCGGAAAACGCUCUGCGCUGCUCGAACAGAGUGGAAUCAGAAAUUCGAAAGAGAGCUUGGUAAUGCCGAUAAAGAUGCCGAUAAAGCACCAUCGAAGAACCGCGCGGCUACAUCGACUACUGCUGCGAAUAAAAAUCGCGAAAGAGAUUCUGACGUCGUAAAAGAAAAAGAGGAACAGAAACGAGCGCUCUCCGAACGUAUUUUGCAAACCUUUCGCGAAAAAAAACAAACACCGGCGUGGAAAGAUAUCGAGUCCAAGCGUAACGACUUACCGAUUGCCAAACUCAGAGACGAUUUUUUGCGCGCAUUAUCUGUGAAAGAUACUGUCGUCGUGUGCGGCGAAACUGGCUGCGGUAAAACGACGCAAAUCCCGCAAUUCGUCUUGGACGACGAGAUUGAAAAUCUGCGUGGCGCGAGCGCGAAUAUUAUUUGCACGCAACCUCGUCGCGUCGCCGCAACUUCAGUCGCUGAACGCGUUUGUUUCGAAAGAUGCGAAAGAGAUGGCGUCGGUGGAAGAACGAGUGAUGUCGGAUAUCAGGUCAGAGGCGACAACAAGACGAAUCGUAGCUCGACAAAGUUGACGUUUUGUACGGUCGGUAUUCUCCUGAGACGAUUGCAAGGCGAUCGAUACUUGAAAGGCGUGACGCACGUCUUACUAGACGAGGUACACGAGCGGAGUUUAGACUCAGACUUUGCGCUUGCAUUACUUCGCGACGUGCCUGAACAACGACGGCGAAUGAGUUUGCCGCCGCUGAAGUUGGUAUUGAUGUCUGCGACCAUCGACUCCGACCUUUUCAGCAGAUACUUGGACAACGCGCCUGUGGUAACUGCGCCGGGACGAACGUUUCCAGUGUCCACUUCGUUUUUGGAAAACAUAUACGAAUCGUUAGAAUACGUUUUAGACCCGGAAAAUAGAGCGUGUCGCCGCCCGCGCGGCUUUGAGGACGAGGCGAAAUCAGCCAUGCGAGCCGGCGGAGGAGGAAGCGAUCGUCGACGAAACGCGCAACUCAUCGAUAGUUGGGGCGAGGAUGCCAACUCCUUGUUUGGCGGGGAAGAGUAUCCAGAAAAUCCAGAUUAUGACGCCAACGACGCUUUUCUUGAACAUUGUAGCUCGAAGGCACGUUUGUGUCUAUCUCGAUUGGACGAACACGCUAUCGAUUACGAUCUCAUCGAACAAUUACUCGCGCAUCUCGACGAGACCGAAGAACGCGCGGGACCGAGUAACGGCGGAGGCGCGUUUUUGGUCUUUCUACCCGGCAAAGGCGAAGUCGAAAGGAUGGUCGAUCGUUUGAGAGGCUCGAAACGUUUUCGAGACGCAAUCGUGUUGCCGUUACACUCGAACGUGAGCAAUCGUGACCAAAAGAUUUGUUUCAAUGUCAAUCUCGAUUCUCACGUUCGUAAGAUUGUCGUCGCCACGAACGUCGCGGAAACCUCCGUGACUAUUCCAGACAUCACGUGCGUAAUUGAUACCGGACGCGUGAAAGAAAGAAGAUGGGACCCAAAGCGUGGUCUGGCGAGUUUAGAAGAAUGCUUCAUCUCUCGAGCGUCCGCGAAACAACGACGUGGUCGGGCAGGUCGCGUGAGAGAAGGUAAAUGCUUCUCUUUGUAUACGUCCAAGCGACACGAGGUUUUGAUGAAGUCUCACCAAGAACCGGAGAUGAAACGAGCACCGUUGACGGAAGUAGUUUUGCAAAUUGCAUCCUUAGGAGGUGGUCGCGACGACGACGACGACGCCGAUCCUCGCGCAGUACUCUCGCGAGCACCGGAACCGCCUUCGGAGGAGUCCAUCGAUCGCGCGGUAGACACAUUGGUGAACAUUGGUGCCUUGGAGCGAAGAGCGAGAAGAAAGCGAAAUUCUACGAGUAAUAAGGACGAUGGCGACGACGAUGAAGAAGCGGUAGGAUGGGACGACGAGGACGACGAUGACGUAAACGGGGAGAUGAACAACGCAAACACAAUUCUCGCGCUCACGCCUCUCGGAAAGCGCCUCUCGAUGCUCCCGCUCGACGCCGCGUUGGCAAAAAUGCUCCUCUUUGCAGUUCUGUUGCGAUGUCUCUCACCAGCACUCACAAUUGCCGCAAUUGUCAGCCAUAAAGUUCCCUGGCGCGCGAGUGACUCCGAAAACGACGAAACGAGCGCCGCUUCCGUGAUGAAGAAAAACUUGACAAAAAACGUGAAAGAAAACGACAGCAGUGUGGCGAAAAACGAAGUUUCCGACCAUCUCGUCCACGCCGCCGCGUACGAAAAAUGGAACGAAAUCGGCAAAAAUAACGCAGCCACUCAGAAAAAGUUUGCUCGUGAAAGCGGCCUUGAUCACGACGUGUUGCGACAACUGUCCGAUUUACGCAAACAGUUUUUCGAUGCGUUGAAAGCCGGGAACGUCCUCGAUGGGAACAACGCAAAGUACGAUUACUCUUCCAUGGACAACCUGCUCUCUCCGUGGAACGCGGACGCUAAGAGACCAAAGCUCAUCAAAGCCGCGUUGGUCGCUGGAUUAUACCCAAACCUCGCCUACGCCGACGCCGUGGAAAUAGGCCCGAAAAACGCCGCCGAUAAGAAAACCAUCUUCGAAUGGAAAGACUCGCGAAACGCGGACGUGUAUCCGCACCCGUCCUCGCUCGUUUCUAAAAUCUCGCGCUCGCCGGGAACAAAACUCCCACCUCGACAAUUCUGCGUGUACGCGGAGAAAGUUAAAACGUCGCGAACGUUUUUGCGCGAGUGCACGAAAGUCUCGCCCGUUGAAGUUUUGCUUUUUGCCGGCAGAAAAGUGAACGUGGAACACGAGAUGAAACGAGUCGUUUUGGACGACUGGCUGAAAGUGUUAAACGUCGACGCCGUCACGGCGACUUUGUUUAAAAAGUUACGGGUGGUUUUAGACGAUGAAUUCGCGAAAGCGCACGCCGAGGACGAGAACGACACGCACGCUCGAGAAAGCGACGAGCACGACACCGACACUUCGUCGGAGUUCGUGUUCGAGCUCGUGCGAGACAUCCUCUUAUUAGAACAAUAG